AUGUGGUGUUUCAUCGCCCAUCUUGUUCAUAUUAUUGCAAUAAGCCAAUCAAAGAUCCUCAGCGUUGGUCUUCUAUGCGCUUACAAUGAUGAAAGUCUUACAGGGCUCAUUGGAUGGAAAACAACGGCUGGCGCAGUAGCUGUAGCUUGGGACAGGAUUCAACGGGAUGGAAUACUGCCCGGCUACGACACAUUGAAUCUGACAUGGGUUAUGGGCGAUUGUGUCGAAUCCACUGAUGCUGGAGCGUUGGUAAACUGGGUGGAAAGUGGAGCUAAUGUGGUUUUAGGCCCAGCUUGCUCUGGAUCUGCUAUGAUCUCUGGCACUGUGGCUAGGUACUAUGACUUACCGAUUGUGAUAUGGGGUGGAAUGUUCUCUUCGGAUUUGCUGAAUAAUGACGAGUAUCCGACAAUCAUGGCGUCUACGUGGAGCUCUCUCAACCAAGCAAAAACUCUCACGAGGCUAUUCGAAAGAUAUCAAUGGCAAGAAAUAGCGGUUGUGUACUACGCAACAAGAAGUGAUCUCGUACCGCGAUGUUCACUUAUAAUUUCUGACCUAGAGAGUCUUAUUGAUGACAACCAAAACAUGACCAUAACAUACCUUCGUCAGUUGCGGAACUUCACCAAUGACACUUUCAAAAAUGUGCUUAGAUCCCUUAAGGAAGUCUCACGAAUAACGGUGGUAUGCUUGGAGUCGAACGAAGCCCGAAGAAAUCUGUUUAUCGCUAUUGCAGAAGAGGGCAUGGACACAGAUGAGUACGUAUGGCUAUUGUUGGAAUCACGAAAAUUGGGUUUUGGUGAAACAUGGAAGAGCACAAGCGCAACACCAGAUGGCAAGGACAACAUCGCGUUAAAAGCAGCUAGGAAGUUCUUUGUGAUCGACAGCCAGCCGCUCAAUGCUUCAGCUGAGUUCGCUGCUGAUGUUAAAGCAAAGAUGCUGCAACCGCCUUUUAAUUGCUCGGAUUGUACUACCAUCGAUCCGAGUACAUCUCAAGUGGGAGAGUUAGCUGAUGCGUUGUUGCUGUACGCAUUCACUUUGAACAAGUCGAUUGCUGCAGGUAUUUCAAAUCCUAAGGGGUCCGAACUCGCACAGUUCUCGAAAGGAAGUUUUGAAGGUUUCUCCGGUACUGUAAUUAUCAACGAGAACUCCACGAGAGAUCCUGUGUUUCUUGUGUACGGACUGGACGCGUCUGAUCAACAAAUAAUUUUGAUGAAGGUUAUGGAGCAGUUAAACAACAAUAGCGCAGGAGUGAUCCAAGAUAUACAACCGCGAAGUGUGAUUUGGGCUAUGCAUGGUGGAUCACCACCUUCGAAUCGGCCACAAUGUGAUUACGAUGGGAGUGCUUGCCCCCCAUCAUUUGUUGAGCAGUACCUCGCUAUCACUAUCGCGUCAGUUAUAGUGCCAGCCGCCAUUAUUACAGCGGCAGUCCUCUUCAUAAUUAGGUUCCAAAGACGAGAAGAACAGCGCUUGAAUGCUUUAUGGCAAAUAUCUUUUAUCACACUUAUGAAGCCUAACGUCAAGAGCACAGUCCAGAGCUCUCGAUCUCUUCAGAGCACAAUAACCACGAGCACUAAGUUGACAAUCGACUCCAAAAAGGACACUUUACGCCACGCUUUUUAUUUGCUUGGUGACGAUUCCGUGGUCUGCCGAAAACAUGUUGGCAGGAUUGUCUUAAGGACGGCUGACUGUACGUUGCUGAGAAAAAUGCGGACCGUAGAUCAUGACAAUCUCUGUAAGUUUUUCGGUCUCUGUAUGGACGGGCCGCAGAUGUUGUCGGUAUGGCGAUACUGCGCUAGGGGAUCUUUAAAGGAUGUUAUUGCAAAAGGCUCACUGCAAAUGGAUUGGUUUUUCAAAUAUUCAUUAAUACGCGACUUAUGUGAGGGCAUAUUCCAUCUGCAUCACUCUCUUGGAGCACAUGGAUGGAUCAGUUCAGGAACGUGUCUGGUCGACGAAAGAUGGCAGGUGAAGAUCACUUUCUACGGUAUGGACGCGAUCAAGACUAUCGAAAUGAGAGAACAACAAGGUACAUAUAGCCUUUGGCUGGCUCCUGAACACAUACGAGACCCUUUACUGCUUCCCACAAAAGAGGGGGAUAUCUAUAGUUUCGCUAUUGUAUGUUCGGAGAUCAUCACGAAAAAGUCGGCUUGGGAUCUUGAAAAUCAGGAUUAUGACUUAGAUGAAUUGGUGUAUAAAAUAAAGCGCGGAGGCCGUUCUCCUAUAAGACCGUUACUCGAAACCGAAGACGAAUAUAACUCGAGCCUCUCUUUGUUGAUUAAGGAUUGCUGGAGUGAGGAAGUUGAUAUGCGACCGUCAUGCGAUCAAGUGAAGUCGCUAAUCAAAAGCAUGAAUCACAAUAAGUCAUCAAAUCUAAUGGACCAUGUUUUUAAUGUGCUUGAGCAGUAUGCUUCCAAUCUGGAAGACGAGGUGCAAGCCCGAAUGAAAGAGCUGACGGAGGAAAAAAAGAAGAGUGACAUUCUACUUUAUCGGAUGUUACCUAGACAGGUGGCAGAACGUCUAAAGCUGGGUCAGCCGGUUGAACCGGAGACAUUUGAUUGUGUGACUCUGUUUUUCUCCGACGUCGUGUCCUUCACAACGCUAGCUAGUCGUUGUACUCCCCUUCAGGUAGUGAAUCUUCUCAACGACCUUUACACUCUUUUUGAUGCAAUAAUAGACGAGCAUGACGUCUACAAGGUGGAAACGAUAGGAGAUGGUUAUCUUUGCGUGUCUGGCCUACCUCACCGGAAUGGCAACGAACAUGCGAAAGAAGUUGCCGAGAUGUCGUUUGAAUUGCUUAGAUCAAUCAGAAGUUUCCGAAUUCCUCAUUUACCUAAUGAAAAAAUCAACAUACGUGUUGGAUUACAUACAGGUUCCGUUGUUACUGGGGUGGUAGGAAUAACCAUGCCGCGAUAUUGCCUUUUCGGUGAUGCAGUGAAUAUUGCAAGUCGAAUGGAGAGUAAUGGAAAGCCUGGACGUGUACACAUCUCAACCGACACGAUGAAGUUUUUAACGGAAGUAAUUGGAGGUUAUAAAACAGAACCGAGAGGAGAAGUUAUAGUGAAAGGAAAGGGAGCGUUAGAAACGCAUUGGCUUCUCACUCCUGAGGAACAAGAGCAGACAUUUAUCGAAUAG